CUUUCUGUUGCCAUACGGAGUAAGCCACGUGUUGUUUACUAUUAGCACCGUUAGCACUCUAAGGACUUUAAAGACAGAUGUAGACCUAUAACACACAUCCAUUCGUUUGAAAUCGGACUGUUUGCCUUAAAGAAGACAUGGGGAAGCCAAAGAAGAAGAGUGACCUCAGCCGAGCCGAGCUGAUGAUGAUGACCAUCGCUGAUGUCAUCAAGCAGCUGGUUGAAGCCCACGAAGAAGGCAAAGACAUCAACCUAAACAAAGUAAAGACCAAGACAUCGGCUAAAUAUGGACUUGAAGCUCAGCCCAGACUGGUGGACAUCAUCGCUGCUGUUCCACCUCGGUACCGUCGAGCUCUGGUGCCCAAACUGAAGGCCAAACCGAUCCGUACUGCCAGUGGGAUUGCAGUCGUUGCUGUGAUGUGUAAACCUCAUAGAUGUCCUCACAUCAGCUUUACAGGCAACAUCUGUGUCUACUGUCCUGGCGGACCAGACUCUGAUUUUGAGUACUCCACACAGUCCUACACAGGAUACGAGCCGACUUCCAUGAGAGCCAUCCGAGCUCGCUACGACCCAUACCUUCAGACCCGGCAUCGAGUGGAGCAGCUGAAGCAGUUGGGUCACAGCGUGGACAAAGUGGAGUUCAUCGUGAUGGGUGGGACCUUCAUGGCUCUGGCUGAGGAGUACAGAGAUUAUUUCAUCAGGAACCUCCAUGACGCCCUGUCAGGACACACCUCCAACAACGUGGCCGAGGCCGUCAGGUAUUCAGAGCGCAGUAACACCAAAUGUGUGGGAAUCACCAUAGAGACGCGGCCCGACUACUGCCUGAAGAGACACCUCAGCGACAUGCUUGGCUACGGCUGCACCCGGCUGGAGAUUGGAGUCCAGAGUGUUUAUGAAGAUGUGGCCCGGGACACCAACAGAGGCCAUACGGUUCGAGCCGUGUGUGAAUCUUUCCACCUGGCGAAGGACGCAGGAUUCAAAGUAGUCGCCCACAUGAUGCCAGACCUACCGAACGUGGGCAUGGAGAGGGAUGUGGAGCAGUUCAUCGAGUUUUUUGAGAAUCCGGCGUUCAGGCCCGAUGGUCUGAAGCUGUACCCGACGCUGGUGAUCCGAGGGACGGGUCUGUACGAGCUGUGGAAGACGGGUCGGUACAAGAGCUACUCCCCAAGCGCCCUGGUGGACCUGGUGGCCCGGAUUCUGGCGCUGGUGCCGCCCUGGACACGAGUGUACCGGGUGCAGAGGGAUAUCCCCAUGCCACUGGUGAGCUCUGGAGUAGAGCAUGGAAACCUGCGAGAGCUGGCCCUGGCCAGGAUGAAGGACAUGGGCACUGAGUGUCGAGACGUGAGAACCAGAGAGGUGGGCAUUCAGGAGAUUCAUCACAAAGUCAGACCUUACCAGGUAGAGCUGGUGAGGAGGGACUAUGUGGCUAACGGUGGCUGGGAGACCUUCCUGUCCUAUGAGGACCCGGAGCAGGACAUCCUGAUCGGCCUGCUCCGUCUGCGGCGCUGCUCUCCUCAGUCUUUCCGUCCGGAGCUCAAAGGAGGCGUCUCCAUCGUCAGAGAGCUGCACGUCUACGGCAGCGUAGUCCCCGUCAGCAGCCGAGACCCCAGCAAGUUUCAGCAUCAGGGCUUUGGGAUGAUGCUGAUGGAGGAGGCCGAGAGGAUCGCCAGAGACGAGCACGGCUCCGACAAACUGGCAGUUAUCUCAGGUGUAGGAACCAGGAACUACUACAGGAAGAUGGGCUAUGAGCUGGAGGGACCCUACAUGGUGAAGGACCUGUACGCUCCAGCAACAGACUGAACCUGAACAUGGUUUUAGCAGCAGCUUCUUCUGUUUAUCAGAACAGUGUUCCAGCUGUGUUGGUAGUGUAGCUGGAGGUGAUGGUUUCUGGGUUCUUCUAAUGCAGCUCCUUUUAUCUAGAACUCACUGGGCUGCUGCCUUCCUCCGAUGAGGAGACAUCCAGAGGACAUCCAGAACAACAUAGAGAUCAAUUCAAAAUGCAAACGUUCUUUACAGUCCUUGCAAAGACAUUUAAAGUUCUAAAUAAUUGAUAUAAAAAGUGCCUUCAUGAUUAACUGAAAUGAACAAGCAGAGAUCUGGAAGCCAUUUAAAUUCCACUCAGAUGUUCUGUGUGUCUGCUGCUGAAGAACCUAAAGGUGUUCCUGAAAUAAUAAUCAUCUGGAGGAGAGUCCUGCUCGGCAUCAGGGUCUGAGUUAAUCAUGUUUAUGUUCAGUUAAAUAGGAACCAUUAAGUGAAGCAUUCAUUAAAGCCUGGUAGUGGAUGGAUGAGCAGAGAACAUUUCCUCGCUGGGCAUUCGUUGUAUAAUUCACAUUUAUAGGGCAGGAAUUAGAAUAUCAGUUACAUAAACUGCUUUUUAAAGCCUCAGCUAA